AUGAGUCAACAUUACUCCGUGAAAUCUCGUCUGGAUUCCUCUCAGUCAAGUCUCAGUGAUCGUGAUCGUGCAAUGCCUCACACUGUGAUAACUAUGAGACCCGUGAGUCGUGAAACUCCCAUCCGGACAGGAAUUAAAUUGUGCUACUGCCGGAUGUUCCAUUGUCUCCAACCGGGUUUCUUCACAUCCAAAUACGGACUCCUAAAGCUCUUUGAAUGUCUCAUUGGCAUCUUCUGUCAGAGCCUCGUGUUCACCUUCGGUCUGGACAAUGCAAAGAAAGGCUUCGGCUGGGAUCCGUAUUUUGCAUUCCUCUCAGCCACUUCAGCAUGCCUGCCCACAACUGCCCUCCUCCUCGUUUGCUAUACCUUCAGCGUCAGCACCUUUAAGCUCGUACGAUCAUCGAUCUUCGAGAUAGUUUUCAACGUAUUCUGCGCAUUCUUCUACAUAAGCGCCUCCGGAACCGUUGCCUAUAAGGAGCAAUUCUACCAGAACAUCUCGAAAUUUUUCACAGGACCCGGAGACUACACAAGCUUAACCACACUUUACUACAUGGGCGGUCUCAUGACCAUCAUUUACAGCUACGAUGCAUUUCUCGCAUUCAGAAGUUACAACGGAAAUUCAUGAUUACAUUUGCCUGCAUACAAUCCAUUCUAAAUUCAUGAUCAUUAAAAUUAUGUGAGAUCAUUCUCUCAAUUAUAUGCAUUUAUUUAUUAUUACAAAUUAAAAGAGUAAUAUCACAAUUUAUUACAAAAAGGUGGUGAUAUUAUUGUACUAUUGCAUAUUCUUUACGUCACCAUACAAAUUUCUAACAAAAUGAAAACCAUAUUAUAUUGCAUUUUUAUAAGCAUGU